AUGGCGCGGCCUUCGGCUCUGCUCCCUGCGCGGGGACCAGGAGAGGCCAGACCCGGCCGGAGAAGGGGAAGGAGACCGAGGGCGGUGAAGUUCGGGGACGUGGCCUUGUACUUCUCCCGGGAGGAAUGGGGGUGUCUGCGGCCCGCGCAGAGGGCCCUAUAUCGGGACGUGAUGCAGGAGACCUACGGCCACCUGGGCGCGCUCGGGUGCGCAGGUCCCAAACCAGCCCUCAUCUCCUGGUUGGAACGAAAUACCGAUGAUUGGGAACCGGCUGCCCUGGAUCCACAGGAGUGCCCAAAAGGGGUAGCAGUCCAAAGAAAAACCAGAAAGAAAAAUGAAGAGAAGGAAGUAUUCCCACCUAAGGAGGCGCCCCGAAAGGGGAAGCGUGGCCGGCGGCCCAGCAAACCCCGUCUGAUCCCCCGGCAGACUUCAGGAGGUCCCAUCUGCCCUGACUGUGGUUGUACCUUUCCCGAUCACCUGGCCCUGCAGAGCCACAAGUGUGCCCAGAAUCUGAAAAAGCCUUACCCUUGCCCAGACUGUGGGCGCCGCUUUUCCUACCCGUCCCUGCUGGUCAGUCAUCGGCGGGCACACUCUGGGGAGUGUCCCUACGUUUGUGACCAGUGUGGCAAGCGGUUCUCCCAGCGCAAGAACCUCUCCCAGCACCAGCGCACACACACCGGAGAGAAGCCCUACACCUGCCUGGAAUGCAACCGGCGCUUCCGCCAGCGCACCGCCCUGGUCAUCCACCAGCGUAUCCACACGGGCGAGAAGCCCUACCCAGCCGACCGGCGGCAUGGCUGCUACGUGUGCGGGAAGAGUUUCGCCUGGCGCUCCACCCUGGUGGAGCAUCUCUACACCCACACGGGCGAGAAGCCCUUCGGCUGCCCGGACUGUGGCAAGGGCUUCAGCCAGGCGUCCUCGCUGAGCAAGCACCGGGCCAUCCACCGUGGGGAACGGCCCCACCGCUGCCCGGACUGCGGCCGGGCCUUCACGCAGCGCUCGGCGCUCACCACCCACCUGCGGGUCCACACGGGCGAGAAGCCCUACCGCUGCGCCGACUGCGGCCGCUGCUUCAGCCAGAGCUCCGCCCUCUACCAGCACCAGCGGGUCCACAGCGGGGAGACCCCCUUCCCCUGCCCGGACUGUGGCCGCGCCUUCGCCCACGCCUCCGACCUCCGGCGCCACGUGCGCACCCACACCGGCGAGAAGCCCUACGCGUGCCCAGACUGCGGGCGCUGCUUCCGGCAGAGCUCGGAGAUGGCCGCCCACCGGCGCACCCACAGCGGCGAGCGCCCCUACGCCUGUCCUCAGUGUGGCAGGUGCUUCGGCCAGAAGUCGGCCAUGGCCAAGCACCAGUGGGUCCAUCGUCCAGGGGCGGGGGGCCCAAGGCCCAACAUCUGUGGCAUCUGUGGGAAGAGCUUUGGGCGGGGCUCCACCCUGAUCCAGCACCAGCGCAUCCACACGGGUGAAAAACCCUAUAAAUGUGAGGUCUGUAGCAAGGCCUUCUCCCAGAGCUCUGACCUCAUCAAACACCAGCGCACCCACACGGGCGAGCGGCCCUACAAGUGUCCCCGUUGCGGCAAGGCCUUCGCUGACAGCUCUUACCUGCUUCGCCACCAGCGCACGCACUCUGGUCAGAAGCCCUACAACUGUCCCGACUGCGGCAAGACCUUCAAUCGCUCCUCCACGCUGAUUCAGCACCAGCGCUCGCACACGGGUGAGAGGCCCUACAGGUGUGCCGUGUGUGGCAAGGGCUUCUGCCGCUCCUCCACGCUGCUGCAGCAUCACCGGGUCCACAGCGGGGAGCGGCCCUACAAGUGCGAUGACUGUGGGAAAGCCUUCUCUCAGAGCUCCGACCUCAUCCGCCACCAGCGGACCCAUGCGGCCGGCCGGCGCUGA